GCCGUCGCCCGGAGUGCGCGCGCAGCUGUGGAGUCAACCCCCGAGCGACCUCUGCCAGGCCAGGCCCGCCCACGCGUGUCACGGUCAUGGCGGCGUCGCUUCUGCUGCGGCAAGGGCGGUCGGGGGCGCUGAAGACUGUGCUCCUAGACGCACGAGUGCUUCAGGGACUCGCUCCCUCAGCAUCUCUUUCUGCGGAAUCAGGGAAGAGUGAGAAGGGACUGCCACCGACUCCCAAGAAGCAAAGUUCGCCAAAAAAUGUAGUGGAGCCAAAGGAGAGGGGCAGACCCCUAGCCACCCCAGCAGCAGCUGAAUGGUCUAAAAACGUGUCUUCACCCAGUUCUCACCCACCAGUCGUGACCCCAGGCGGGGUGGUGGCUGGCCCAGGCCCCGGCCCCGACAGCGGCCCGCUAUUCGCAGAUGAAGGGGUUCGAGAGUUUUUGCCACGAAAGACCGUCAUAGAGUUUCCUCAGAAAGUUCUGUCUCCACUCAGAAAACAGGGCUCGGAUCCAAAAGCCCUUCAGGAGAGCGGGGGAAAGGAUUCAUCAUCCUCUUCGUCGUCGUCCAGCUCCUCCGAUUCAGAGUCCGACGAGGAGGGCGAGAGCGCCGACGCUGGCCCUCAGGCGGCGAGCGGGGGCCGAGGAGGGCGCCCCAAACCGCAGGCCUCCCGCCCGCUUGAAGACAGAGCCCCCGGACCUGCAGUAUCAGCCAAAGAGAGGACCCGCUCAGAGCCAGACCUCACCUCUCCCGAGGGGCCCCAUCAGACAAAGAAGAAAGGGAGCACCAUCAAGCCUGUAGAGGACAGAAAAGACACUAAACCCAAAACCACAGCACCCAAGUCACAAGCGAAUAAAGAGUUUAUGAAGCAAAACGUCAAGGAAAAACAAUUGCAGAAAAUUCUUAGGUCAAAUGAAACCGAUAAAGAAAGCCAAAAGCCGCCCAAAGUUGAAAAAAUCCUGCCUGCUUGCACAAAGCCAGGAUUGUCUACGCAGCCGGCUGGUGGCCCAGCACCCAUUCAGCUGGCAGACAGAGCUGGGGCAGCAGGACCGCCGGCCCGUGGCGGGGAGGUGGCUGUCCCCCUGUCCCGCGAGGAAAGUUUGGGGAAGCAGGUGCCGCAGGGACCCCUUAAGGCUACGGAAGAGCUUCUGGAAAGCCAGGCACCAGGACGAAGUCUGCAGCCCGGUCCUGCUCCUAAUGAAGGUGUCCUGGAGGACAAGGCUGCAGGCCUGGAGCCCGAGGGAGGGGCCGGGAUGGCCGAAGAGCCCGCACCUCCGGGAGGGCCGGACAGCACCCAGGAGCCCGCUCAAGCCGCCAGCGCCUCCGAGCCACUGGACAUCACUUCCUACAAGAACGUCCAGCACCAUGACUACACCCCGUACACCUUCUUAGACCUCAACCUGGACCUGUUCAAGUUCAGGAUGCCCCAGCCCUCAUCUGGACGGGAGUCACCUCGCCACUGAGCGCCCCCUUCAGGGAGUAACCUUCUGUUGUCUAGGCUAUAGAAAUAAAAUCCGCCCCAGUCGUGAGGCCUCACGUAUAUAA